GUGGAUUUUAUGAAACACUGGAUUGUUUCAGAAUGGGCUGGUGCAUGCAGUCUCAUGCUUUAAUGGUGACAAAUGAACAAUGGAACUUUUAAUUUCACUGAAGAUUUUAUACAAACAUUUGAAGUGUGAAUGGACUUUUUAGCAUGCAUCAAUAAACAAUGACCCAUUCUAAAUGUACCACUUUUUCAAUUUGCCUCACUUCGACAAAUCACCUGCAACUGUAACAAAUCUUCACAUACAAGGAAUAAUACCUAUAGAAUAAAAGUUUUUAUGAUACCAAAUUACAUAUGGCAUUUUGCAACUUUACCAUUGCAUCAUUUGAAAUUGGCACACAAGUGAGCACAUGUAUUUUGUAUUAUUAUGGAGAAAAUAAGGAAGACUGUUGUGGAGAUGAAGAAUAGACACAAAAAAACGCAUCAAGGCAAUUCUGCUGUGCUAGACAACCAGAGUAUUCAGACAUCUCGUGAGCUAGUCUCCAUGUGCCUCUGCUACUUGGUGGCAUUCUCAUUCAACCUUAUAUGCUGAGGAUCAGGGUAGCAUGAAGUACCCACAAUUAGUGUCAAUGCCCUCAGCUGUGCAGGAUUGGCUCGAUGAGCAACUUGAGGCUCGAGGUAUUGAUGCAGUGGUUUAUACUCAUUAUAUCCUCAGUCUGUUACAGACAGACACGCUUGAUUUGCCAGACGAUCUCCUCGCUAUUUCCCCAAAUAAAGUCAAGGAGGUUGGUCGACGUGGCCGCAAGCGCGGUCGCAACAGGGAGGAAUACUGGGAUGUGUGGGACUUCGAACAGCUCAAGCGCUCAGCUGCUGUGGAAUGCCUCAUGUCUGCUUCUGAACAGAAGUGUGGAAUAGAAAAACUGGUUGAUGAGUUGUGUGCCAAACUGAAAGAGAUUCAGAGUGAAGGUGAUAAUAGUAUCCAUUUGGAGUUGUCACAAGACUCUGUUCCAAGCAAGCAGUCACACACACCAUCACCUCAGGAUCAAAUUCAGAAGUAUUAUGCCGCAUUUCCACCUUUACAUAGCAAAUUUGCUGAACCCAGUAGCAGUCUUAAUACCCUAAUUCCUGAACCUAGUUCUGCUUGGAGUGGUAAAAAAGUUCUUGCCGAUUCAUUUGGAAAAAACAAACCUUGUAACGUGUCACUUCCAGAAUCCGUUCCAAGUGAGGAGAAGUUAGUUGAUUCUGCUGGUUCAGGAGAGGAAAAUAAAGAGAAUAGGGGUAAUAACAACAGCGCAUGGAAAGAGGUGGGCAGAGAAAACAUGAAAUCUAGUAAUCAGAUGAAGGAAAAGGCUAAGGGUAAGAAAGAAGUUGGUUAUGGAUUUGCAUGGAGCAUGGCAGGUGAAUGGAAUGAAAGCUUUACCAACUUUUGUCCUGGAGGAGUCUCUGAGAAUAGUAGUUCUGAGUUGUUGAGAGUUCGCCAUUAUAACAGACAGAACAAGGGGAGUAAGGCAGAUGAUAGUGUGUCACCAGAAACAGAUCUGCAAGUACAUCAAGGUAAUGCAUGGGAAAAUGCAGUUUGUCGGAGGCUGUAUGAAAGACAUACUGAUGAAGGGAACCAUGUUUUGUUAUGGUCCAUUGACUGUAAGAAAGAAGAGGUACAGAACAGGUGCAGUGCAGGAGAUGAUGGUAAGUCUCCUGGACAAGGUGCAGAAGAUCAAAAUCUUGCUCAACUGAUUGCAAAGUUUGAUCAUAGCAUUGAAGCUCUGUGGAACCCAAAUGAAGGUCACUCUGCACCAGACAAGUUCUCUUCAGAGGAAACUGUGGAUUCUGAUCAGGAAUUCCCCUUGAAUUUUCAACAACUCCUGUCAUCCCCAAAUGAACAAUAUCUAGCAGUGGAAUUGUACAACAUGAACAACAGACGGAACCAAAAUAUAUUUACAGCCAGUAACUCGUUUAUUCAGUGUGGUACUAAUAUCACUAGCUCAAUUUGGUCUGAUCAACCAUCCCAGGAAAAUUCCUUUGAGCAAGAUGAUUUUUCAAUGGAUUAUAUACAUUGUGAGCAACAGAAUGUGUCAGAUCAUGUUGAAGAGUCAAACGUCAACCUUAGAAAUGCCUGCUGUAAUGGGCCAGAAACAGAGGGAGACUCAUGUGAUGUUCUUGUCGGAGAAAGAAAAAUAGUUGGAAACAAACUUCAUUCAGGAGAACAGUUGAAAGACAUGACAUGUGCAGAAAAGGAUCAGUCGAUUUCUAUAUGUAAGGAUCGAGAUAUUCAUGAAAUUGGCAGAUGUGAUGUACCAGCUUCAGAGGAAAAAUCUGAACUAUUAUGGAAUAAGUAUGAUACAUUCUCAUUCUUUACAAGUUUACCAUUGGCAGCAAAUUAUACAGGAAAUGAUAUUACACAAGGAAUUGGAAUUUCAAAGUGGUCCAGUGUUGAGAGCUCAAGUACAUAUGACAGUUAUUCACCUUUUGGCAAUAUUUUUCCUAAUGUCUAUGGUCACAUGAAUAAAUUCAAUGGAAGUCAUUUUAAUAGCAUUUGUGCUAAUGUACGGAAUGAUAGUUUAAUCACACUAAAUCAUAACAAAGAAGACAGCAGUUUUACCGAGGUAAUUCCAAAACAAAAUUCCUCGAGUGGAUUGUUAGAAGACAAAUUUCAUUCUGGUACUGUGCAACAGAAGAAAAGCAUAUCCGUUGAAUACGUGUGUCAUUUAGAAACUAUAGAUUGUGGAAAUUCUAAGGGAGGAAAGUUAGAAGUUGAAAAAGAGGAGGAAGAUUUGCUGACAUCAGCACGGACACAUUUUCGUCCUAUCCGCAUGGAGAAUAUGGACUCUCACCAUAGCACAUGUACUGGUAACAAUAACAAUGUUGGUUCUUAUGCAGAUGGAACCACAUUUGUGAUUUCAACCAGUCUAGAAGAAGUAGCAUUUAAGAGAAGUGAGAGUGGAACGUUAUAUCUUGAGGCUGAGGCUGGUACUGGUUUGGAGGCUCCCAACAAGUACAUGGAAUACAAAGAGAAAGAAGCAUAUGGGGGUCGUCACCGCUACAAGGAGCAGCCACAGAGUGGUGGUGACAAUUCAAAAGAAUUCAUACCUAAGUUUAGAGUGCGUCAGAAUGAAAAAUGGUGUCAGACUGAAGAAGCAGAUGAUAUGCUACAAAGUGAUGAAGAAGUUGAUAAGAAAAGAAGUAGGCAAGAGAUUAAGGCUAUUAAUGAUCCUGAAGAUUUCUACUUUCCAGAUGAUGAUCAUUUUGCAGAGAAAGUAAUCAAUUCUUUGGAGGACAGCUAUGAAAAUAUAACAGGGAAAGAAAAUAGAAGCAGCUCAGCAUGCCAUCCACAAACAGAUAUUCAUGAGUCUCAGAAUUCUUCUUCCCACCUGAAAUAUGGCUCAUGUCUUCAAAACGAGAAGAAGAUUGUUGGUAGUGUAGGAUCUGAAACUUUGAAUGGAGUUGAACCAAACAUACCAAAUAACUCUAGCUGCAAAUGUAGCAGCAAUAGUCACCAUUUGCAGAUGUGGAAGACCGGAUGGCCAAAGUCAUCCCAGGUACCACAGUUAAAUGUGUGGGAAAAUAGGUUCUGCUAG